AUGAAUGAUGCGAUUAUCGCUGUGUACGAGACUGAUGUGAAUGCGAAGACGACUCAUUUGGAGAUCGAGCCAUUCACCCUUCUAGGAGUUUGUGCCGGUCUUAUACCAUAUCCUCAUCACAACCAAUCGCCCAGAAACACUUAUCAGUGUGCUAUGGGUAAACAGGGUGGGUUUUUCUUUCGCUCAAGCCGAGCUGUGGGCUUUGGAUCGAGUUCCGAUGAAAUUUAA